AUGAGUUCAGAGAAUCAAUUGUUUGUGACGGACGAGGACGAUAAAGUACAAGAUGAUGAGGUAAUGGAUGAGUCCGAGAAUAUUGUGCCGCAGGCUAAAAGUGAAGAAACAUAUAUUGAUGACGAAGAAGACCCUGUGAUCCAGGAGUUCCCACUGAAUGUUGCUGGGAGAGACGAGACUUUACACAUAUUACAGUAUGCGAAUAAACCUAAGAAAAUGGGAGGGAAAGCAGCGGAUCAUCCGCUCAUCGGAGCCGCAAGAUACAAACCGAAUUCUUCGGUAUGGGAAUUGGAUGUUCCAGUAGAUGAAGCUGCAUUUUACAACAAAUCGAGGGCUGAAGAAAAUUGGGGUGAGGCAAAUAUACAGACUUUGCGAGGAGUUGGUGUGGAGAAUGAGGGACAGUACGCUGGAUUUGUUUCUAACGGACAAAUCUACCUUCUUUCUGUUGAAAAGGUUGCUCAAUUGAGACCGUUCUUCAAAUAUAUUGACAAAGUUAGUACGGAACGAAAACAAGAUGAUGCUAAGAGGAAUGCAAAUCCUGCUUCCCAAAAAUCUCAAGUUGUUACUAUGUCAGUUAGGAGUGUUAAUGAUCAAACGCAGAAUAGGCUUGCCGGAUCACUGCUGGCGCACAAAGUAGCUGACGAAGAAGAAGCAACGGAAAUGUCAUGGGUCGAAAAUACUUUUGAAGCAUUUAAGGAAUCGGUUGUCGCUGACGCCGCUGCGCAUGUGCUCCAACCGGUGGGAGAUGCAAAGGAAUAUGAGGAAUAUUCAUAG